UUAGGAGACAUGCAGCUCGCCAUCUAGCCUGGAAGCCUGGAACUGGACCCCAUAAAUAGUGCUUAGACCAAGCUGCUGCUUCUCAUCUUCUUCCUCCUUGCAACACGGAGAGGCUAGCUGCUGCUGCUGCUGCAGGCAGAGAUGGCGGGAGCAGAGCUUGCAAACGGCCUGCACGAGAGCACCGUGAACAUGGAGGAAGGCAGAGGAGGAGGAGGUGAAGCAUACAGUGAGAGCUCGGAGCAGGAUGGAGCCGUCAGCCGCCCCAUGUUCUCCGUCCCGUUCGUGCAGAAGAUCCUCGCCGAGAUCUUCGGGACCUACUUCCUGAUCUUCGCCGGGUGCGCGGCGGUGGCGGUGAACCUGCGCACGGGCGGCACGGUGACGUUCCCGGGCAUCUGCAUCGUCUGGGGCCUCGCCGUGAUGGUGAUGGUGUACUCCGUGGGCCACAUCUCCGGCGCGCACCUCAACCCCGCCGUCUCCGUCGCCUUCGCCACCUGCGGCCGCUUCCCGUGGAGGCAGGUGCCGGCGUACGCGGCGGCGCAGGUCAUGGGCGCGACAGCCGCCAGCCUGACGCUGCGGCUGCUGUUCGGGAACGCGCGGGAGCACUUCUUCGGGACGGUGCCGGCGGGGUCGGACGUGCAGUCGCUGGUCAUCGAGCUCAUCAUCUCCUUCAACCUCAUGUUCGUCGUCUCCGGCGUCGCCACGGACAACAGAGCCAUUGGUGAACUCGCUGGCCUUGCCGUUGGAGCUACCGUCCUGCUAAACGUCCUCUUCGCAGGGCCUAUAUCAGGAGCGUCCAUGAACCCGGCGAGGACCCUGGGCCCGGCGAUCGUCGCCGGCCGCUACGCCGGCAUCUGGGUGUACUUCGCCGGGCCCAUCGUGGGGACGGUGGCCGGCGCGUGGGCCUACAACCUCAUCCGCUUCACCGACAAGCCCCUGCGAGAGAUCACCCAGACCUCCUCCUUCCUGCGAAGUGCCAGGAGGAACUAGCUUAGCACUUAGCAGACCCGGCCCUGAAGAUGGAUACAGUUAACAGUGGGUGGUGUUUCUUGUAGUGUUUGUAUACGGUGUGUGCUUUGCUGUGUUAGUUUAACCUCUGAAAGAUUGGGUCACCUAACUGAGGUAAUUUUUCUUUGUGAAGGAAGCAGUAACCUUUCUGAUAUCAGACCCUAAAAAACAAGUAAAAGAACAUGAAAUCA